CAGUUGCUGCUUCUACGCCCCCCCAGCCAGCGGCCAAAAGAAGCCCGGACCAGGCCAGGACCCAAAUCUUUGUCACCCUUCGCUUCCAGCUAACUUCCCCUUCCCUUUCCAGUCCCAGUUCCAGUCCUUCCCAACGUCAAUCCAGACAGAGCCACCCCAAUCGGCCCUGUCUCUUCCUCCUCUUUCUUCAGCAAACCACCGUGCAUCAUCCCGGCCUGGCUAUUUAAUUCCACGGCCGCUUUUUUCUGCACACGUCUUUCUGCCCUCCCCCAUCUCCUCUAGCAAGAGGUCGCGCGUCGCCGUUGUCUAGAGCAGAAAACCAGCCGCAAACAGAUCUCGCCGUCAACAAAGCAAAACGCCCAUCCUCAACCAUGGCUGAGAUUCGCCGCAAGCUUGUCAUCGUCGGUGACGGUGCCUGCGGUAAAACCUGUUUGUUGAUUGUCUUCUCCAAGGGCACUUUCCCUGAGGUCUACGUCCCUACCGUCUUCGAGAACUAUGUCGCCGACGUCGAGGUCGAUGGCAAGCACGUCGAGCUGGCGCUAUGGGAUACGGCUGGACAGGAGGAUUACGACCGUCUGCGCCCUCUCUCGUACCCCGACUCUCACGUCAUCCUGAUCUGCUUCGCUGUCGACUCGCCCGACUCGCUGGACAACGUUCAGGAGAAGUGGAUCUCCGAGGUCCUGCACUUCUGCUCCGGCUUGCCCAUCAUCCUUGUUGGAUGCAAGAAGGAUCUCCGCUACGACCAGAAGACGAUUGAGGAGCUCCGUAAGACGAGCCAGAAGCCCGUCUCGCCUGAGGAUGGCGAGGAGAUUAAGAAGAAGAUCGGCGCGUACAAGUACCUUGAGUGCUCGGCCAAGACCAACGAGGGAGUCCGCGAGGUGUUUGAGCACGCUACACGAGCGGCCCUGCUGUCCCGCGGCAAGGCCAAGAAGAAGAAGUGCCUGAUCCUCUAAGCGAGCUUGGUUCCUAGCAACACCCUGAUCGCCCCUAAUCCCUGCGUCGAAUCCUUGUUCCUCUUUUGCGAAAGGCCCCUCCGCCGUUUGUAUGAUAUCCCCGAAAUCUAUCACCAGGUUAGCACACGCCAUGCUCUGAGCCAUCGAUUUUUCUCUCUGCCGUUAGAAUUUCCGACGCAACCGACGGACCCGGGGAAGCAUGCGAUGGUCCUCGGAGGGGUCCAAAGGUUCUGGUGGAGUUACGGCUCAGUUAGUCUUGUUUCCCGUUGUUUCUCCUUGUUUCUUUUUCUCGACACUUCCGACUGGAGUUCUACCUGUUCUUUGUUUUCUAUCCUUGACAAGCUCCGAACCCGCUUGGCCUGCGUCAUUGCUCCAAGUCGUGCCGCACGGGACGAGGCAUGGACAGGGUAUGGGUCGGGGUUCCUCCAGCACCGCGUCGUGCAGGCUUGGGGGAUAUACACUUUCAUAAUCUCCCUUUGAUUACGGCAAGGCAGCACAAAUCUUUCUCGCAUCUAAACGAGGGCGAGCCCUGGGUCAGAAGACAGACGAUGGAGACCAGGGAGAGACGGGUGGCGGAAGAAGAUGGGAGGGUAGGCGGGCCAGGACACCAGAGUGGAAAGGCAGCAAGAGGUUAAACUCGCAACUGCUAUGGACUCUUUUCUCCCGAGUGACCGAACUACAACACUGUCGAAUGGGAAGUAACUCGGGAAAGCCUGGCCUGGCUUGGGGGAGAGUCGUUGUCAAUGUUUUGUUUUCGGAAGCUGGGUCGAGCCGCUGAGAAGUGACUAACCCAACUUUUCCAGGCGGAGCAUUUUUAUAUCAUAACUUGCGUUUCUUUUUUCUUUUUUUCCGCACUCUUGUUUGCCCCCCUGAUAUCCGUCUGAUGUACCUGGUUUUACCCCUAAUUCUUGUUCGAUGUCCCCUUUAAGUUAUAUCAUGCAUCGUUUGGCCUCGCA